CCCCCUCUGUUCCGCGCUAAGACAGCUGAGUCACACACGCGUCUGAUUCAGUCCUGUGAGAAAAAAAGAGCGGCUACAGGCGGAAUAUUGCCUUCAAGUCCUCUUAUUUGCGUCGAAAGAUGUUGACGAUAACCCUGAAGACGCUCCAGCAACAGACGUUCAGAAUAGAGAUAGAGCCAGACAUGACGGUUGAAGCCCUGAAAGAGAAAAUAGAGAAGGACCGAGGAAAAGAUGCAUUUCCUGCUGCGGGACAAAAACUGAUCUAUGCAGGAAAAAUCCUAAACAAUGAAACCACGCUGAAAGAGUACAAAAUCGAUGAGAAAAACUUUGUGGUGGUCAUGGUUACCAAGCCUAAACCUGCCCCUCCACCUCAAGCUGUUCCACAGCCGACCCCCCAACCGGCUGCUCCAGCACCACCAGGUCCUGCGUCGGCCCCACAGUCGGCCCCCUGCCCUGAAGCCCCGCUCCCAGCCACAGGCGACACCGGCCUGGCUUGUGUCGAAGUGACGGCAGGCCUCGACUCAGAAGCAGCCCAACAGUCAGACUCGGCCCAAUCCUCUGCCCCAGCUGCCGAGGCUGCCCAGACAACACCGGACCCUGCGGCCCCUCCCACACCGACGGCCCACCCGGACAAAAAGCCAGAGGACGACUCUGAGAACGAACCAUCUCCCCCUGCAGAAGUCCUUUCCACUGCUGCCAGCCUCGUCGAUGAUCUGGGUCUCCUAGAAGAAGCAGCGUCCAUACUGGUGACGGGUCCUGCCUAUGAGAGCCUGGUGUCGGAGAUCAUGUCUAUGGGUUACGAGCGGGAGGAGGUAGUCGCCGCACUCAGAGCCAGCUACAACAACCCCGACCGAGCAGUGGAGUACCUGCUCACGGGCAUUCCUGCAGCGGCCAGUGAUCCGCCACCUCAGGAGCCAGUUGGACCCAGUGUGCCAUCCGACCCCCCCGCCCCCGCUACCCAAGAACCCCAGCAGCCCCCCGUGACUUCAAACACGGGGCCAGAGUCCGUCAGCCAGCCUCCCUCCCACGGGGGGGGUUCGGUCUCCACAGGGAACCCUUUGGAGUUCCUGGGGAACCAGCCUCAGUUCCAGCAGAUGAGGCAGAUCAUCCAGCAGAACCCGGCCCUCCUGCCGGCCCUCCUGCAGCAGCUAGGCAGGGACAACCCGCAGCUACUGCAGCAAAUUACGCAGCACCAGGAGUGUUUUGUACAGAUGCUGAAUGAGCCACGAGCCGGAGACCCGGCGGGGGACGAGGCUGAGUCCGAGGGCCAGGGGUCCCCCCCAGGGACAAACUACAUCCAGGUCACCCCACAGGAGAAGGAAGCCAUUGAGAGGUUAAAAGCACUCGGCUUCCCCGAGGGCUUAGUCAUCCAGGCCUACUUCGCCUGCGAGAAGAACGAGAAUCUAGCCGCCAACUUCCUGCUACAGCAGACAUGGGACGACGACGACGAGUAGUGGAGCAUUGGGGCCGCAGAGCAGGUGACUACACGUGGUCCACGCCAUGUGACUGCACGUACAAUGCUGUGUGUGAAGGACGACGCCCUGGCCGCCUCCCCUCCACACAGCCGGGAUGAGCCGAGCUGCUGACAUCAUUACCGCCGCCGCUUGUGCCCAGCGAUCCUGUCCGGCAGAGUCCAGGCAGGAGUCACCUUUAUGUAAGAAAGCCCAUUCCCGCCCGUAAUAGAAAGUCAGAAGUCCUACUUCUGAGAAACAACUGUCAGAAUUGUCAGACAAAAAGUCACAAUUAUAAAAAUUAAUAAUUUAAGUAAUAAAUGAAGUCAAAAUUAUGUUAUUAAAACAGUUAAAAAUGACUAUUACAAGAUGAAAAAGUCAAAAUUCUUAAAUCUUGUUGUUUUCUUCUGCUGGCAGAAAUGGGCCUCCCAGAUUUAGAGGCUAACAGGCUUUAGUUUUCAAAGGGGUUCACACAUGCUGCCUGUAGAUCAUUUGUUCAACUUUGACUGUACACACACAGUGUGUGCACUCAUGAAUGUAUCUGUCGGGUAUAAACACACGAUGAAAAUAUGUGCGUUUGUUAAGCCCCGCAUGUUGAGUUCACCUGAAAAAGUGAUGCAAGCUGUUGACUGCUGUUUAGGAGCACUCAUUCCUUUAUAUGGGUGGAUCAUUUCAGUUACUCUGCUUCUUUUGCCAUUGGUAAAAAAAACACUCCAAUGUUUUAGCAUAGCAAUAAUCCUGGUGGUUGCUUUACGUCUCAUCAACCGUGCAGAUGUGUAUGUGUGUGCUUCUAUCCAAGGGCAGGGACAUCUGCGAGGUGACCUCAAUACAUUUCAAUCUUUACCGCCCAUUCUUGCCAUAACAAAAGGAAUGUUAGGAAUGGAAAGAUGUUGAGAUAAUGACUCCUAGUGUUGUUUCUUCUGACUAUCUUGGUCUUUGUGCUGUUAUUUGGAUUUUAGGUAAGCCCCCCCCCCCCCCCCAUGCAUGCAUGCAUGGUCCACAUAUACAUUUUGGACUAUUUUGGUUCCAUAACAUGUCUUCUGUCAGACUUCUCGGUAAGAAAACAUGUAUUUUACUACUUUGUCUGUUUCAGUGGGCGUACUCCUAAAUCUAAAUGCACCAGAGGUUUGCAUGAUAUCAUUCCUCAUAUGCACAUUCAAACACUUCUGAUAAUGUCAACAAUCAACUAGUGAAGCUUCAUGGUGAUAUCUAUUAGUUAGAUUUUUUUUCACCCAAUUGAGCUGUAGGGUUUCUCCUACCAAAAAGGGGGAAUGGGGGAUUUAUUGGUUGAUAUUUAAUUUGACUGUUUCACUUUGUCCUAUUUUGCUUUGAUACGAGUAAGGCAAAACUAAACAUUUGACGUAGUUUACAACAAUUUUUAGGGAGAAUUUAAUCAUUUUCAUUUAAUAUAACCGAAAGUAUUUUAUUUUAUCACCUGACGUAUACUUUUUGGUGGUGGUGGUUGUUAUUAACAGGUUAAUUGUUGAUCUAUUAAAAAAAAUGGCAGAAAUGGGCUUUCAGACCCAAAUAUCUUCAGUUUGAUUAAAAAAACCCUUGCACUCUAUUUGGAACAUUCAAUGUUCUCGUUGUGCAGUCCCACAUGAAGUGUUUUGAUCUCUUGUUGUCUACACAGAUAAUGUGUGCUGUGAUACGUUUUGUAGGAGAAAGGGUCUCCGCAUAAGAACUGUCAGCAUGGUCUCACUGUGGAGGGUUUGUCUUCAGAUACAGGAAAUUGAAGAGUGAUUAUUAAGUGCCACAUAGCAAGCUUUGUGAGCAAAUUACACUAAAUAAAAUCAAAGUUGAUUUUAACUUUGUCAUUGUCAAUAUGUCAUUAGCUCCAAAGAAAGACUACUUUCAGACAAUCUGUUUGUGUUCUAUUAGUCUCAUGUCACAUCUAUGCACCUUAAAGCUGUCCCACUGAGACAUUGUUCAUUCAUGGCUUAUGGUUGUCAACAACUUCAACACUUUUCAUUUUGCAAAAGGAGUUAUGGUUUACAAUAAAGCAAAGCACAGUGUCAAAGUAUUGCUAAUGAUUACCGUUUUAUUUAUAAAGGUGGUGUCAAGGGAAUUUAAGUGCAUAUAUAUUUUCUAGUUUUUAGCGUGUACUUUGUCUCUUCCUUGACUCCUCUUUCUUGUGUUUGAACUGGAAAUGACCAGCCGUUUUGUAUACACUUUUGGGUGAACGGGAGCACUUGAAUGUUGUACGGGCUGUUCUUUAGCUGUGAGGGCUAUUUGGUUGCAUGCAAUUGUUACACAGCUGUUUAUAGCAUGACAGUGGGUUGGAAUGAUGAAGCCACCAGUGUGGUGUUGCCUUAUCUUACCCAUUUCUUUUCUUUGGGAUUUAUCAAAAAAUGUACAUUACGACUUUAAAUACACUUUAUGGUUUAGCAAAAUUGUUGUGAAAAACUAUUUAGCAUUGUGUAAAAAUAAAUGGCUUUUACAAAUUG